UUCAGACUUCAGUACACCCGAGUCUCGCAAAGGCUACAGGGUGUACUGUGGGACUCUCCUGACUUAAAUAAGUCCGUGGCCAUCAUGACCAGCCAAGAGGACCCCACUAGCCCCCCCUUCACCACUUGGAACUGGAGGGGAACAUUUAAGAAGUUUUACAAGUGCUGUGUAGUGUUUCCUGUGUUUGUGAGCUUUCGACUACUCUGUGUGACAGCGGCACAGGCAAGGAUGUUGUUUGUGACUGAGGAGGGAAAGCUGGAGCUACGGAAGGAGGAAGCCAGGGAGCGAGGCUAUGAUCAACAGGGCUUCCAACACUUCGUGGUGAACGAAGCUGACACCUGGUCAUCCUUCUUCUUCUUCAGGAGCUACUUGGCCUUCGAGUGGUUAAGCGUGUGGUGGGAGGUGAACAUGUCGGCCGAGAUGGGAGAGGUGGCCCCUAACCCCGAGGUGAUGAGGCUGAGGGACAGGUCAGUCUCUCGCCUCCUGGACAUGGCGAGGUCAGGUAGGCCUCUGGUGAUUAACUUCGGCUCCUGCACCUGACCCCCGUUUGUGGCCAACCUCGAUCUCUUCCGCAAGUUGAGGGAGAGGUACUCGAGCGUGGCAGACUUCGUGGUGGUGUACACCGCUGAGGCUCACCCUACUGAUGGCUGGGUCUUUGAGGGAAACGU